AUGGGCGUCUCGGGCCUGCUCCCCAUGUUCCGCGGGUCGACGCAGACGGUGCACGUGUCGCGCUACGCGCACGAGGUCGUCGCCGUCGACGGCUACGCGUGGCUGCACCGCGGCGUGCACGCCUGCGCGUCGGAGCUCGGCGCGGGCGGCGCGAGCGACAAGCACAUCGAGUUCUGCAUGGGCCGCGUCGCGCUGCUGCUCCACUACAAGGUGAAGCCCCUGCUCGUCUUCGACGGCGGCGCGCUGCCGGCCAAGGCCGCCCAGGAGGCGAGCCGGCGCGGCAAGCGCGAGCACGCCAAGGCGAUGGCGAGCCAAAAGGCGCGCGAGGACUCGCACGAGGAGGCGCGCAAGUGGUACGCCAAGUGCGUCGACGUGACGCCGGUCAUGGCGAAGCAGCUCGUCGACGCCUGCGCCGCGCGCUGGGGCGACCGCGUCGACUUCCUCGUGGCGCCCUACGAGGCGGACGCGCAGCUCGCGCAGCUCGCGCGGUCCGGCGAGGCCGCGGCGAUCGUGAGCGAGGACAGCGACAACCUCGCCUACGGCGUGCCGCGCGUGCUCUUCAAGCUCGACGCCGACGGCAGCGCGCAGCAGGUCGUGCUCGCGGACCUCUUCGCGGCGGGCCCGGGCGUCAACGCGCUCGACGUCCGGGGCUGGACGCAGGACAUGUUCGUGACCAUGUGCGCCCUCGCGGGCUGCGACUACGUCGAGGCCGUCAAGGGCGUCGGCAUCAAGAACGCGCACCGCCUCGUGGCGCGCUACAAGGACCGGAAGAAGGUCCUGCGGGCCUUGCGCUACGAGUGCGCGGCGUGCCCCGACGACUACGAGCAGCGCGUCGACCGCGCGGCGCUGACCUUCGGCCACCAGAUGGUCUACGACCGGCGGCGGCGCGCGGCCGUGCACCUGGCGCCGUUGCCGGAG